UUGGCAUUGGCGCUUUGAUGCGCUUAUUGGUUGGUAGUUUUUGUCUUUGCUCACCAUUCAUACAACGCAUCGCGGGAAAAAUCGAUCGAUACUUUGAUUGCGAAUACGUGCUAUUAGAUUUUCUAUUCUAAUUUUUCUUUAAUUGUAAAACCAGUUAUGCUUAUUUAAAUAUAAAUUUGUCUGCUAAAAGUGCCAGAAAUUAGAAUAUGGGUUCCUUCAUAAUUUUUUGGUUUUCCGUAAUUUUAACGACCUCAGCUGAAUUUGUUUGGAGGCACCAUAAUAAUGAAGAAUUAAUACAAGUAUUGGAAGAAGUUAAUGAAAAAUGCCCGAAUAUUACAAGAGUAUACUCUUUGUCUGAACCUUCAGUCCGUAACGUUCCUUUGUACGUCAUAGAAUUCUCCGAUAAUCCAGGAUUUCAUCAAGCAUAUAAACCUGAAGUAAAAUAUAUUGGAAAUAUUCAUGGAAAUGAAGUAUUAGGUCGAGAAUUGUUGUUAGGAUUGGCAGAUUACCUAUGUGAACAAUAUUUGCGAGAUGAACGCAGUAUCAGAGCUCUUAUACAUAGCACUCGUAUCCAUUUAUUACCAGCAAUGAAUCCUGAUGGCUGGCAAUUAUCAACAGAUACGGGUGGACAAGACUAUCUUAUUGGUCGUAAUAAUAACCAUUCUGUUGAUUUAAACAGAAAUUUUCCUGAUUUGGAUGCAAUAACGUUUGAGUUUGAAAGACAAGGUGUAAAUCAUAAUAACCAUUUGUUAAAGGAUUUGGCACGGCUUGCUGAACCAUUAGAACCUGAAACUCGUGCAGUAAUGAGAUGGAUAAUGUCAAUACCAUUUGUACUGAGUGCUGCAAUGCAUGGUGGAGAUCUUGUUGCUAACUACCCUUAUGAUGCAAGUAGAAGUGGAGCACCAGUGUCUGAGUAUUCAGCAAGUCCUGAUGAUGAUACCUUUAGGGAACUGGCCUUGGCAUAUGCGUUCGCGCACGCUGAUAUGGCGUCGGUGAAUAGAAGAGGUUGUCAUUCUACAAGUUCGGAAGGACAAGCUUAUAACUUCGGAAAACAAGGUGGUGUGACCAAUGGAGCGGCUUGGUACAGCUUGAAAGGAGGAAUGCAAGAUUUUAAUUAUUUAGCAACGAAUGCUUUUGAAAUAACAUUGGAAUUGGGCUGUGAGAAGUACCCGCCAGAAAGGGAUCUGGCAAGGGAGUGGGAAAGAAACCGAGAUGCAUUGCUAACUUACUUGUGGAAGGCGCAUAUUGGAGUAAAAGGGAUUGUGAGCGACGAUACUGGAUUCAUUCAAAACGCCAUCAUAUCCGUAGUGAAUAUAACCGGACAUAUUCCGCGACCGAUCCGACACGAUGUUACUACAGGUGUGUAUGGCGAUUAUUAUCGACUGUUGACACCGGGCCACUACGAACUGACGGCGAGCCACCCCGGCUACUUCCCCGUGUCGCGCGUCAUUACAGUUCCACACUUUCAGAAUACAGCUACAGUACUCAACUUUAGAUUAGAGCCUACAUCAAGUUGGUUUGACGACGUGACGAACUUUGGCCAGUACCCGCAUGGAGUGCUCAGUCAAGAACGUCGCAUCUACAAAAGGUCGCUCUAUAAACAGGUUAUAAAUACUAUGUUAGAAAAGAAAGAAUCCGGUACGCAAUAAAUAUUUAUUCUCACUCACAUAUUCCGUUAGCUAAAUGUUAGUUAUGCUACUGAGGUUUACCUAUCGAUAAUUUGAUAUAUAAAUUUCCUCUUGAAGCGAAUCGCAUUUAUCACGCGUAUAAUAGUAAUAUCAUUCCAUUAUAACCAUAUACAGUGCUAUAUAAUAAGAAAUUCAUGAGAAAUUAAACAAAUUCGUAAAUGUAUGUACUCGUAAACAGUGAAAUUGAGGACGAUUAAUACUAUUUUUUUUAAAAUAUUAAUUGGAUAAGUUUUUAAAAAUACAAGAAUACAAUAGGUUUUUACCUUUAUUAAAAUUGUAGUUGUCAGUUUAGAGAUCAGGUUUAUAUGAUAAGGACAUUAUAGAAUAUAGUACCAGAACCAGAGUUAGCAAAACUUUCUUAGAUUAUUUAUCUUCAUCAGUCACAUGAAAUCGGUCUCAAUAUUUUAAAUAAUUAAUAAAAUAACAACUGAUCCAGAUUUGUUGAUAAAGAAAACUUAUAAUUUUAUAAUUGUGUUUAUUGUUGUACUAUUAUUACAUUUUCUAGUCCAACUUUACCUUUUUAUAAAAUAGACUGCACUAUCUGUAUAUAUCUAGUAGUGUGUAGUCGUUUAUAUUAAAUAAUAUUUUAUCUAUUUUAAGAUCAUAAUUCUCAGAUCUAGUUGAAUGUUUCAUUAACUAAUUUCUCAAGACUAUUUAGAUUAAAAUAUUAAUCUGCGCGGGUAAUUUAUUUGAGGCAAUUUCUGGACCCGCCUAAAUAGACCAAUUAUUUGAUGAUUACUUGAAUGUUAUUAUAGUUUGUGAAGAGAGUAUUAAAUUGAAUAUGUAGAGGCAGUGCCCUUAAAUUUAGUGAAAUUAUAAUUUUGUUAUAGAUAUCGAUGUAAAAGUAUAUAUUAAAAUAAGUAAUGCCAAUAUUAAUGUCUACUGUAAUUAUUGAGUGUUUAACACUUAAAUAAUAAAGGAUUGUGGUUUGUGUGCACUAA